AUGUAGUCAAAGUUUUCAACUAUAAAUAUGCAGAGAUGACAGUUAUAAGAGUCGCACAAAAAACUGCAAAUCUUCACGUGUCUUCUCUUUUGUUUCAUCACAUGUUCUCUCCUUUCUUCACCUCUCUCUACAAAUUUAAUCCUUUCUCUUUUCGGCAUCCCUAGGCCCCUUUGGCCUUUUCUUAAAUACAUCUCUCAGAAACAAAAAGUUUGUAUACAUACAUUUCCACCUACACAUCUUUGGCAUGGACAAGAACAAGAACAAGAAAAAGAUUGUUUCCGCUUCAUCUUCGUCCUCAUCUCUUUCGUCAUUCGAUCAUAUAUUUGGGCCAAGAGUCUCUUCUUCGUCUUCUUCAUCGGCCACUGGAUUGUUCAAAUCCAUCUUCCCACCACCCUCUGCAGAUCAGUUGGGGAGGCAAGUGGACUUUGCAAGUCAAGGUGGACAUGUGAAGUAUCAAUCUCCAAAUGCGAAAGGAGAAAGAAGCAAUAAAAAGGAGAAAAAGAGUUACUAUAAUGAGGAAACAGAACCACCAUGCCACUUGAGCUCAUCCCUUUACUAUGGAGGCCAAGAGACUUAUUCCUCAACAACGACUACCACCCAUGAUACUUACAAAAAGGAUGGAGAGGAAGGCGAUUCCAAACGCGCAUCAAGAGGAAACUGGUGGGAAGGUUCGCUUUAUUACUAGCAAUCCUGGUUUACGAGCACCUGUUAAGGUGCAUGCAUGGUCUUAUCUUUAUACGAAAUCUGAAGGGUCGCUAGAUAAUAAAAAGAAAGCAAAAUUUCCAAAUGUCCUUAAUUACAAAUUUAAAAGAGUUUAGUAUAUUGUCUAAAAGAAGAGGGGCUUGUUCUUUACAUGUUGAUUCAUUUUGUUUAACGACAAAUGCAAACAACACGAAGAGAAGUCUCUUCCUGAUGAAAUUAAUGUUUGGCUCCUUUUUAGUCAAUUAAUGUUUGUCUAAUAGUGUAUGUAAGGGAAAAAAUGAUAUGUAUAACAGUGUCUACUACAAUGUACUUAGCUUACUUUAAUAAAUAAUGGAUACAAAUAUUUUGCUCUUAGUAAUAUUAUGUUUCGAUCAUCAUCUUCCCGAUCGAAACCGAGUUAUCGGUG